AUGGCUUCUACUUCAAUAAUGCUUUCUUCCUUCUUCUCCUUCUUCUUCUUGACUUUUUUUGUCACUUAUGCUCAGCAAAACGUCACCGUUCACACAAUUUGCUACUACGAUGGAGGUAACUUCACAUCCAACACUUCAUAUUCCCUUAAUCUCAACCGUCUGAUCUCGUCUUUACCUGAUCUAACUCCAACCAUCAACGGCUUCUACAAUAUCUCCAUCAAUGGAGAAGUCAACGCCAUAGCUUUAUGCAGAGGAGAUGUCAAGCCAAAUCAAGAUUGCAUCAGUUGCAUCACCACCGCCGCAAAGCAGCUCGUAGAGAGCUGUCCAAACAUCAUCGAAGCCAAUAUUUGGCUUGAGAAAUGCAUGUUUCGUUACACAAGUCGAAUUAUCUUAGGUCAAAUGGAGCCGGUUCCUUUUUCUUAUACAUCAAGUAAUGUUAGUGUGACAGACAAGGAAGGUUUCAGCAAGGGUUUAGGUGACCUAUUGGAUUCAUUAGGAGCAAAAAUCGAUGCUGCGAAUGAGACCAAAGAGGUUAAGUUUGCAGCAGGAGUGAAAGGAACGAUCUACGCGUUGGCUCAGUGUACACCAGAUUUGUCUGAAUCAGAUUGUAGAAUCUGUCUUGCUCAGAUCUUUGCUGGAGUUCCCACUUGUUGUGAUGGAAAGACAGGUGGAUGGUGGACUAAUCCAAGUUGCUAUUUCAGGUUUGAAGUGUAUCCGUUUUUCGAUCUUUCAGUUACUUCAGAACAGAAGCAACCUCUUUCUUCUCAUAAUAAUAACACCAGAAGAAGUGAUCAAGGAAAAAGUAAAGACCGGUCUAAAACUCUCAUCUUUGCGGUGGUUCCCAUUGUGGCGAUCAUAUUAGGUCUUGUGUUUCUCUUUAUCUACUUAAAGAGGAGGAGGAAAAAGAAGACCCUGAAGGAAAAUGCUGAAAAUGAAUUUGAGAGUACAGACUCAUUGCAUUUUGAUUUUGAGACCAUAAGAGUAGCAACAGAUGAUUUUUCCUUAACGAAUAAGAUCGGUGAAGGUGGUUUUGGCGUUGUCUACAAGGGUCAUCUCCCAGAUGGACUAGAGAUAGCUGUGAAAAGGUUAUCCAUACAUUCAGGACAAGGCAAUGCAGAGUUUAAGACAGAAGUACUCUUAAUGACUAAGCUGCAACACAAGAAUCUUGUUAAACUCUUUGGUUUCUCCAUCAAAGAAUCUGAAAGACUUCUUGUAUAUGAGUUUAUCCCAAAUACAAGUCUUGAUCGGUUCUUGUUCGAUCCUAUCAAGCAGAAGCAACUAGACUGGGAAAAACGGUACAAUAUCAUCGUAGGAGUUUCCCGGGGAUUGCUUUACCUACACGAAGGCUCGGAGUUUCCGAUAAUCCACCGUGAUCUCAAAUCCUCCAAUGUGCUUUUAGAUGAACAAAUGCUACCUAAGAUCUCAGAUUUUGGAAUGGCAAGACAAUUCGAUUUCGAUAAUACUCAAGCAGUAACAAGAAGAGUUGUUGGAACUUAUGGAUAUAUGGCUCCAGAGUAUGCAAUGCACGGAAGAUUCUCAGUGAAAACAGAUGUUUAUAGCUUUGGAGUUCUUGUACUUGAGAUCAUUACAGGUAAAAGAAACAGUGGAUUAGGUCUUGGUGAAGGAACAGAUCUCCCCACAUUUGCUUGGCAAAAUUGGAUUGAAGGAACAUCAAUGGAACUAAUAGAUCCUGUUCUUCUGCAAACUCACGACAAGAAAGAAUCAAUGCAAUGCUUAGAAAUUGCUCUGUCUUGUGUUCAAGAGAAUCCUACAAAAAGACCAACUAUGGAUUCAGUUGUUUCAAUGCUUAGCUCUGAUUCUGAGUCUCGUCAGCUUCCAAAACCAUCGCAGCCUGGUUUCUUCAGAAGAUCAGCGUCGUUUUCGAUUUCUUUAAAUGAUGUUUCUCUCACAGAUUUGUCUGCACGUUAGGUUUUUGCAGUCACACAAUGGAGGAAGAUUCAAUUUUUAAACCCUAAAUUUACUUUUAUAGGAAUGUUUAUGUAUUCUGCUAAAGUUUAAUGCUUUUUUAGUUGG